UUUCUACACCUCACAAGCCAUAUUUCUACUCCCUCUUCCUUCUUCCCCCCUCGCCGCCGCUUGUAUUCCCAUUAUUUAUUUAUUUAUCUCGCCGAAACCAGAAUUCAUUGUUCAAAAGUUUAUUAUUAAUUAGCACUCCCUUGAGGUCAUGGAUUCGAGCGUGAGCCUUGCUUCUAAUGGUGGAAGUACUAAGAGAUUCAUGGCGUAUUUUCUCGCCGCCUCUUCGGUUGCGGUCGCUUCUGCUUUCCUCGUGUCUUCAUCUUCUUCAAAUGACUCCCGCAGGCGUCUUCUCUCUCGAAGCGUUCGAGUGUGGCCGGACUUGGAGUUCAACUGGAGCACCGUACUUGUGACCGUUAUCGGAUUCUUGGGUUGUGCUUUCGGUACCGUAGGUGGAGUCGGAGGUGGCGGGAUAUUCGUGCCGAUGCUCAACCUCGUCGUCGGAUUCGACACCAAAUCAGCAGCUGCCCUCUCAAAAUGUAUGAUCAUGGGAGCCUCUGCUUCAUCGGUUUGGUACAAUCUUCGUGUUUCUCACCCAUCAAAGGAAGUUCCGAUCAUAGACUACGAUCUAGCUUUGCUAUUUCAGCCCAUGUUGAUGCUCGGGAUCACCAUUGGAGUUUCUCUAAGUGUCGUCUUUCCUUACUGGCUCAUCACGGUUCUUAUCAUCAUUCUUUUCUGUGGUACAUCAUCAAGGUCUUUCUUUAAAGGAAUUCAGAUGUGGAAGCAAGAGACAAUUCUGAAGGCGGAAAUGGGGAUGAGAGAAGAGGCCAAGUCUAGCCAAAGAGAUGCAAUCAUUGAUGCAGAGUAUGAACCUCUACUUGCUCAAGAAGAGAAAUCCAAUCUUGAUAUAUUGCUUUUGAAUCUAAGGUGGAAAGGAAUCCUGGUAUUGAUGAUUGUGUGGUUUUGCUUCUUGCUCCUUCAAAUCAUCAAAAAUGAUACAAAAGAGUGCAGCCCCACGUACUGGAUCCUCAACAUUUUGCAGAUUCCGGUGGCAUUCAUAGUCUUUUUCUGGGAGGCAAUGAAGCUGUACAGGGAGAGCAAAGAUCGCAGGAUCCACGGCAACUCCGAGUGCGUGUGUGAGGCUUCAAUCGAGUGGAGCACUCUGCAACUCUUCUUCUGUGCUCUCUGUGGACUGCUCGGUGGAACCGUCGGCGGCCUCCUCGGCUCUGGCGGUGGCUUCAUCCUCGGCCCUCUCCUCCUCGAGAUCGGCGUCAUCCCUCAGGUUGCAAGCGCGACUGCAACCUUUGUGAUGUUGUUCUCCUCAUCUCUCUCAGUUGUGGAGUUCUACUUCUUAGGGAGAUUUCCAUUUCCUUACGCCGUGUACCUCAUUUUUGUGUCCGUGCUGGCUGGAUUCUGGGGACAAUUCUUUGUCCGAAAGCUGGUGAAAGUGCUUAAACGAGCUUCUAUCAUCGUCUUCAUCCUCUCUGCGGUUAUUUUCGCAAGUGCUAUAACAAUGGGCGUGGUUGGAGCAGAAAAGACAGUGGACAUGAUCAGGCAGCAUCAAUACAUGGGAUUUCUUAGUUUCUGCGGCGCAAACUGAACUUGAUCAUCCAAAUAUGUGGAUUAAUUAAAUAUGUAGGUUAAUUUUUUUUCCCAGGGGUUUGGCAAGAGUGUUGGUCAAUAAGUAAUUGACUUCAUCACUCGUAGAGUAACGGAUUCGAAUGCCUUUUGGGGUGUUAGCUCCUCGUUAACCCCCACAAAGCUUGCAUUUUAUUUCUAAAUUAAUUGUUCUCAAGAAAGCUUUCUUUUGUAUUGGUUCAUUUGUCGAUUGGAUUGCUUUUUUGCAUUUGAUGGGUGUGUACAUUGAAAUUUCGAAUCCCUGGUUCCCCUAUAGUGUAAGCAAACACUAUUACAUAUAUUUGAUGAAAUUUUAUGGCAUUCUGAAUAAUGAGAUGUA